AUGAAUAUGGACUUGUUAGGCGCCGCUGUCGCAGGGAUGAUGGCUCGUUUGAUUUGCCAUCCUCUUGACACAACGAAAACAGUGGCCUUUACCGGAUUCUGUGGCGAGCAUGGCACAUUGGAUGCAUCUCGAGGCAAGACAACAAGGAAUAUAUUGUGGAGCUCCACGCGGUCUAUUUAUUACCAGGAAGGUGUGGCAGGGUUUUACCGAGGGGUUGGUGUGGCUACUUUGGGUUCUGCCCCAUGUGUCGCUUUGUAUCUCACUACAUACACGUGGUCAAACGAAUUUCUUCAGAAAUACUUUAGCAGUGCUUCGAGUGCUGUUCCUUCUUGGUCUUUGCACCUGUUUUGCGGCUUUCUUGCGGAGGCGGUGAGUUGUGUCUUUUGGGUCCCCAUUGACGCUCACAAAAGAGCGUUUGCAGUCACAGCCUCCAUCGCAAGUGGGAAGGUACGCCGGAAGCUGGAAUGCGCUCUGCACCAUUGCCCGCUAUGA